GCCGGGCUGAGGUGGGUUUCCUGCCCGCGGGGCUUUGGGGAGGGGGGAGCUGCGUGCCCGGGGUGGGCCCGAGGCCUUUCCACGGGGCUCGGCCGCCCCCUCAGAUUUGCAAUCCCAGCGCAGGUGCUUUAUAAAUCUCCUUGUUUUCAGGUAAAACCUCGUUCCUUCCUGUUGUAGCAACGCGUCUGAGGGGCAUUUCUAAUGUAGUCACCUAAUUGCUCCUCAUUCCCCAAAAGAACUUCAUGAGCUGAGUAACUCUGGAUGCACCGGGUCUGAAUUCCUCCCGUAGGUUGUUAAAACAACGCAAUUGGGUGACGUUGUUGGGGGUUUCUUGUUUUUUAAAGGUUGGAGCUGAGAGGUUUCUGCUUUCUGCCGUCGAUUUUUGUUGUGGGAACGCCAAAAGGAGGUUUUUUUGUUGUUGUUGCGGUGUGUGGGGCCUCCAGGUUAUUCCCAGAAUUGCACUCAGGGUCACACUUCCCAAAUAAAACCCGGCUUUAUUUGGCUGUAAAAAAAAAAUAAAAGGAGAUCUCCUGGGGAAUAAAGGGGUUUGGGGUUGAGUUUGGGCACACCUGAAGCAGAGCAGGUGGGCUGGAGGUGUUGCUGGAUAUGUCCAGGUGUUCCAGGAGUUCUCCAGGGAAAACUUCCUGGUGGUGUCACUUCCCGGCUCCAAUGACACCUUUCCAAGGGGCUGCUUCCAGGGGAAAUCGAGUCCCUUUGGGAUUUAAUAAAACAUUCCAGUGAAAAGGAGGAUUUAUCCCAGGAAAUCUCUGCCAGGCCCUGGGGUUGAGCUCAGAAAUAGGGAAAAAAAAUUGAGUUUAUUUUCUUGAAUGAUUUUCUUCAAUUAUUCCUGUCUUAUCCAGGAGUGGAUGUAGCAGCUUCCUUUAGUUUGGGAUUGAUUCCUGAGGAGGAAAAGCUGGUGGACAGUGAAAAAAUGGCUGGAAAGGGAGUUAAAAUGUCUAAUUCCUGGUGCUCUUCCUUCUUGAUAAACGGGGGUGAAUCAUCAAAUGUUGUUGUCAGGAAUAAAGGCACAAAUGGAGCAGCAGGAAGAGGCUUUUCCAGGGGAAUCAGGGGACUUUAAACCCGAGAAUUCCCCGCAGGGAGGUUCAAGAAAGCUUCUCUCGGGUGUUUUUAUGUAUUUUCCCUUCAAAAAUAUAAAGUUGGUGUUGUUUUUUUGGCCUGGUUUUUCCUGACCCUCAGCUACUGCAUUUUUUAUUUAUUUGACUUUAUUUUUUUUUACAAAAAAUUGGUUUGAAAAUAUUCUCCUACAAAAUUUGAAAUGUGUUCUGGACAAGAAAGGGUUUAAAAUUCUCGUUAAUUUUAAUUAAUUCGAGACCUGCUGGGUGCACCAGAGUUACUCAUUUUUAUUUGGAUUUUCAUUUUUUUUUGAUUGCCACCUUGACACCAGUUUAAAAUGCAAGGAAAAAAGAAAAAAAAAAAGGGUUUUAAUGAACCUUUUUUAUAAUUAAAUUACCUUGAUGGAGUUUAGAACUCUGAGGGUUUUCAUUGGGAGGUUUUUUUGUGUGGUUUUUUGGUUGGGGUUUUUUUUUCUGUUGUUGUUCUUUAUUUUAAAGCUUUGCUUUAUUCCCACUCUUUAAACAAGAUUCAGAGUCUGAACAGGAAUGUGGGAAAAAUGUGGAAGGCAAAAUGCUGAUGUAGUUCAUGAAAGAAUUAAAUCUGAAGGGAUUUUCUUUCCCCCCAGGGUGGUGGAUGUAGGAAUGUUGCAUUUUAGGUGUGUCUGACUGCCUGAGGAAAGGAAAUGCCACCUUCCAGACUGGGAAUUCCUCCUGAUUUGGGUUUGAAUUCCUGCUGUCAGCCAGGAAUGGCCCCUAAUUCCCACGGAUUUAAGUGUUGGCUUGAGCAAACUGAAGAAUUCAGGCUUGAAAUUUAAUUUUAACUCCCGACAGCGUUGGGAAAACACCUGGAAAAACGUUGAACUUCCACAAGAAGGAGCUCCAGGAAUUUUUAGGAGUAGAUUGCCAGGAAUCUCCAUGACCCCAAGUCCGGUUUUGAAGGUCCAAAGUGAAUUAACCCCGUGGAGAUGGAAGAAGGGGAGGAAACCCUGCACUUAAUUCCUGUUUUAUUCCCUUUGUCAAGCAGUCAAAAAAAACCCCCCAACCCAGUCACUAAUACAAGAACCCAACUUUUCCUCUCUUUAUUUUAGAUUUGGGAAAAUUCCCUGCCAAAAAAAAAAAAAAAUCCUGGGAAAAUUCACUAGUGUUUGUGUGAGUAAAAGGUUCCAAGCAUUUAUUCUUAACCUGUAAAGAACAAUUUCACUGAGUUUUGUCCCCCCCCCCCUAAAGAGUCAGAAAUCCUUUGCACAGAAAUGUGAGAGGGGUAAAUUUACUUUUAUUUGGAUUUUAGCUGGUCUGGUUGCAGGUGUGGAAAAGAAACCCAAAAAUGUGAUUUUUUUUUUUUUAAAAAUAAGAAUAUCCAAAAGAAAUGUGUGAUUUCACAUUCAAAAAAUGCCCAAUAAACCCAUUUUUUGGUGGCACCAAAAACCCAAGCAGCUGCUGAAUCAGAUCCAAACCAUUGGAUAAUGAUGGAUAAAUGGAUUAGGGAACAGCACACGAUGCCAAAAUUGUAAGAUUUGAUGGAAAACCAACGAAUUCCCAAUCCAAAUUCCCAAUCCGUGCAGCCAUGCCGCUCCCAAAGCAACUCCCUGCUUUCCCAGAGCUUGCUGCAUCCCUGAGCUGCUCCCUGCUUUUCCUUGGAUGCACUUCCUGAUGAGGGCAGAGCCGUUCCCGGGGGAUGGAUGGGUGUGGAUGGAUGUGUUUGUCCCUCGUGCUGUCAGUGUGUCCCCACAUUGCCUCUCACAAUCAUCACCUUGACCUCACCUCGUCCAAAAUUACGGAAAUAAUCUCAUUUUUCUGCCCAGUUUUCUCCCAAAUGAGAGACUUUGCCUGCAGUUUGAUGUGGGAAAUGGGCUAAAAUCGCUGAUUUUUUGCUGGUUUUCUCCCUGACUUUGCUAUCCCUCCCUCUUUUGGGGUGUGUAUAAACACAUCUGUGGGUUUAUACACACGAUUAUUUGGGGGGGGGCGGUUUGCUGUACAGGUCAUAAAGACGGGGGAAGGUUUUUGUGUUUUCUUAAUAGGUGAAGAAAUCUUGGAAGACCCGAAAUUGCAACUUACUGAAUUAAAUAAUUAAAAAAAAAAAAAAAAUUAAAAAAAAAAAAAAAUUAGAAAUUCCCCAGCUGUGGAAGAUGGAGCCUCAUUUUUGCAGCCACUUUGAAUCCCGAGUUCAUCUUUAAAAAAGGCGCUGGGGCUUUUUAAAAAUUUUUUUUGUUGGUUCUUUUUUUAUGGUUCUUUUUGGUUUUUAUUUUUUUGGUUUUUUUUGGAAGAGCUAAAAUAUCCCUGGCUGUCUCCAGUGUGACAGUAUUCCAAUGGACUUGAUUCCUCCAUUAGUUUGUCAGAUUGUUUUAAGAGCACCUCAGAGUUUGGAAUUGUGGAAUUGUUGGCUGAGAGGUUCCCUUGGAAUUGUGAGGAGGAAAAUUCUGUCUGCCCCUUUGUUAUUCAUUCACGGACUCCUUCGGCCUACAGGAGAAGGGAACUGCAUGGCUGGGAAGAUCAAAGCCUGUGCUGAACGUGGCCAGGGUUACUUUUAAAAAGAAGCUUUCACUGCUAAACCAGGAGAAGCCUUUGAGUGCCAGGAAGCGAAGCCAAUUCUUGCCCAGGCUGGAGGAAGACCCUGAGAGCAAAACCCUGAGCUUUUCCAAGGAUUUCUGCAGCAUGUCCAACCACGGAGACGACUGCUACUUCUUCUUCUAUUCCACGUGCAACAAGGGAGACAGCUGUGCCUUCCGCCACUGUGAGGCCGCCCUGGGAAGCGAGACCGUCUGCACCCUGUGGCAGGAGGGGCGUUGCUUCAGGAAUGUCUGCAGGUUCAGGCACAUGGAAAUCGACAAAAAGAGGAGUGAGAUCGCUUGUUACUGGGAGAACCAGCCAGGAGGCUGCCAGAAGCACAACUGUGCUUUCCACCACACCAAGGGACGUUACGUGGACGGGCUCUUCCUACCCCCGAGCAAAACCACUCUUCCAAGUCCCCCCGAGGCUGCGGAGGACGAGGUGAAAAUGGUGCAGAUGCAGCAGAACAAACUCUCUGUGCAGUCCAACCCUUCCCCACAGCUCAGGGGGGUGAUGAAAGUGGAAAACUCCGAGAAUGUCCCGAGUCCCACCCAUCCCCCAGUCGUCAUCAACGCUGCAGAUGAUGAUGAAGAUGAUGAUGACCAGCUUUCUGAAGAAGGAGAAGAAACCAAAACCCCAGUCCAGCCACCAACCACAGAAACCCACAAUGGGCUGAGGGUGAUUUCCACCAGGAAAUCCAAUUCCAGUGCAAAGCAAGAUGACAACUUAAAUUUCGGGAUAAAAACCCUGGAAGAGAUCAAACUGAAGAAACUCAAGGAAAAAGCCAAAAAACAAGAAGGUCCUUCAGGAGUGGCUGUGGAUCCCCUCCAAGCCCGGAGCAUUCCUGUGCCGGAGAAGGAAAACGUCCGGACUGUGCUGAGAACUGUGACCCUCUCCUCAAAGGAAGGGGAGGACCCUGUGAUCCAGCUGAAUCUUCCUGACAGACUGGGAAAAAGGAAAACCCUCAUGGCUGGGAAAACUUUCCUUCCCCUGAGGAGGAACGUUGCUGACAGGCUGGGGAGGAAGGCAGAGCUGCAGGGAAAUGCUGACAAGGCCCCAAAGAGAGGCACAGUUCAAGUCCUCAAGUCCCUGAAGGAGAGGCUGGGGCUGCCCUCUGAGCAGAGCAGCACAGAGACAGACAAAGCUGCCAAACCCAUCGAGGAGAUCCGGGUGAAAACCCUGGAGGAAAUCCGUCUGGAAAGAGCCAACCAGAGGCGAGGGGAACCCCCAGCCAAAAUCCCAGGAGAAGGCAGGAAAACAGAAGAUCCCAACCCCGGAGCCAGAUCCUCCCCGGCCGUCCGCAUCAAAUCCCUGGCGGGAGCCCUGGCAGAGAAAAACCACAAGAGGCUGGGAGAAGAGAAGGAAAAACCCGAGGAAUUCUCCAGCAAAGCCAAAGCUGAGGCUGAUCCUGGGAAACAGAACAUUCCUGCCCCAGCUGCGGUGGGAAGGGUGCAGCUGGCAGAGCCGGGAAGAGCCAAAGCGGCCGGAGAAGUGCGGAUCAAAACCUUGGAGGAGAUCAAGAGGGAGAAAGCCCUGAGGAUGCAGCAGAGUGGGGAGAACGUUCCUGCUCCUCCUGCCCCGCCCGAGCCAGCCCUGAGGGGCAGGAAACUGCUCCGGGUCACCAAGGUCAUAGCACCUGGAAGAGAAGAAAAAAUGAUUGUGGAGCUGAACAAACCUUCCCCCAAAGGAGUCUCUGCACCUGCUGAGAAUGCAGGGAAUUCUGGAGUUCAGGUGAAGAGCCUGGAGGAAAUCAUGUGGGAGAAGCGUCAGCUGAAGCAGCGCCAGGAGGAGAAACUCCAGAAAGGAGCUGGGCCAAUUCCAGCUGAAAAACCCGAAAAAAACAAGGAGAAAACUCCAGGAUCAGGGAGCCCCGAAUCUGCUGUGGGAUCAGCUCAUCAGCUGGGCAGGAGGAAAGUGGUGAAAUUCCAGGAGGACGGGGUGGGAAACCCGGAGAAGGAUCCUGCGGCGUCUCCAGGGAAAAAGGGAGCUCAGGUGCUGGAGAGGAAAGCUAAAACCAAAUCCAAGGUGUGCCUGAAGCCUCUGGAUGGCAAAGCCUCCCCCAAGCAGCCCCUGAAGAGGAAGGGUCCCGAGGGCCACCCCCCGGCCGUGGUGGCAGUGAAACCCCUCAGUGCCACCAGCGGGGACACCAAGGAGCCCUCAGCCAAGGCCGUGGCUCCGGCUGCUCCAGAGGACAACCCGGCCUCCAUCCCUCGGAGAGAAAAUUCCCAGAGCAGCCCCGAGCUGCACGUGGGGAGCCAGGCAGAUUCCCUGGCACAGUCAGAGGUGUCCGGCUCCUCCUCCUCCUCCCUGGAAGUUCCGGUGAAGCUGCGGCGCCUCAGCUCCGCCAGCUCCUCCAAACCCCCCCUGUCCGUGGAGGACGACUUUGAGAAGCUCAUCUGGGAGAUCUCAGGAGGAAAACUGGAAGCAGAAAUCGACCUGGAUCCAGGGAAAGAUGAGGAUGAUCUCCUGCUGGAACUCUCGGAGAUGAUUGACAGCUGAGAUGGGCAGGGUUGGGUUGGUUUUUUUUUUAAAAAAAAAAAACCCAAAAAAAAGACACAACACCAAAAAAAAAAAAAAAGGAAAAUUCCUUCCCCCACAUCCUGUAAAUGUUGUUGGAUCCGUGGAGGAGAUGCUUUUCCUGGCUCGAAGCACAGUUGGAUUGUUAGGAAUAGGCAGAAUGUGCACUCAGUUAUCCCGAAAUUCCGGGCCCAGCUGAUCCCGAGGCUGUGCCGGCGGCUCCUCCCACACAGCAGAGGACAAAGCACUUGGAAUUCUCUUGGGAGGACACAGAUCCCAUCUCCAGAGCCAUCCCAGGAUGGGAUCAAAGCUCCCCCUCAUCCCCCUGCUGGGAUUCCCUGGACAGUGAAUCCCCAAAAAAGCCUGGAGUUACUAUGUCAACUCUGGAAUUGACGGAUGGACGCUGCCUUUGGACUCGGAAUCGAGGGCAAUUCGGGAGAGCCGGGCUGGGAGAGGGAGCAGCUGAGCCAGGAUUUUGGACCAAACACUGCCAGAGUGAGCCUGACUUGGAAUUUCCAGGGGGAAUUUUUCCUCAUGGCCACCGGGGAUCCUGGGAUGGGCAACCAAAAUUCCCUUGGCUGCCUGCAGGAAUUUGGGAAAGCCAGGAUUGCUUCAAGUGCCUCUGGUUCCGAGGAUCCCUCCCCUGCUGAAGGACUGCAAUGAGCCUCCCCCAUCCAGCUGGAAUCAUUUUGGGAGGGAGGAAAAGCACCUGGAAGGUUCUGCCCCCCCCCCCCCCCCCAGCUGUUUCCCUCUUUUCCAGCCCGCUGGAGAUGGGAUUUGAUGGAAUCCCCGUGGGGUUUUUUUUGUGUAAAUAUUUUAUUCUUCCAUUUUAUAUUUGUAUGAUUGUAUUUAAGGGAUUAAAGGUAGGCUGCUCA